AUUGCACUGAUCUUGCCGAGCUCCUCCGAAGGCACUCUCUCUGAGCUGGAGCAGCUUUCCAAUUCACUGCCAAGCAAGGAGCUGUUGGCUUCCAUCUGUGACACUCUGAUGGAGACCCUGGCGAAUGCCGAGAGCACCUAUAACUGCUUGCUGACUUGUAUUCGGACAACGAUGUUCCUUACGGAGCACGAUUAUGGAUUCUUUCACUUGAAGAGUUCUCUGAGAAAACAGUGUGAUGCUCUGCUCACUGUAUUGAAGCGAGUUGUAAGCAGCUUUAGCAAGGACCCUGGAGAAUUUGCAUCUUCGUUUUUGGAUUUCUUGAGACAAAUUCUAAAUUCUGACAUGUUGGGAUGUUGUGGAGAUGAUGGGAGCCUUGUGGAAGUAGAUGUAGCCCAUCCGGCUAGAACGCUGGGUCUGACCACUGCAGAAUUAAAACACCAGUUACAGAACAAAGAAGAACCUCCUGAGAAUCUGCUGCUUGAACUGGAGAAACUAGUUUUGGAGCGUUCUAAAGAGGACGACAACCUGGAGUCUUUGUUGGACAAUGUCGUUGGACUGCGGCAGAUGCUGGAAUCUGCCAGCGACCCUUGUCCUCUGAGUGACCAGGAUGUGGAACCAGUUCUGCCUCCCCCAGAAUCUCUCCAGAAUCUUUUUAACAAUCGGACUGCGUAUAUCUUGGCAGAUGUCAUGGAUGACCAGUUGAAGUCUAUGUGGUUCUCGCCCUUCCAGGCUGAAGAAAUUGAAACGGACCUAGAUAUGGUAAAGGUUGACCUAAUUGACCUGUCAGAAAAAGGAUGCAGCGAUUUCGACUUGCAGGCAGAGUUGGAGAGGUCCUUUUUAUCAGAGCCAUCUUCUCCUGGUCGGACAAAAACCACAAAAGGCUUUAAACUUGGCAAACACAAGCAUGAGACCUUCAUUACUUCCAGCGGGAAGUCGGAGUACAUUGAACCUGCCAAGAGAGCCCAUAUUGUGCCCCCUCCUAGAGGAAGAGGCAGGGGAGCGUUUGGCCAAGGCAUGCGGCCCCAUGAUAUUUUCCGUCAGAGGAAGCAGAAUACAAGCCGGCCGCCUUCUAUGCAUGUGGAUGAUUUUGUGGCUGCCGAAAGCAAAGAAGUGGUUCCACCAGAUGGAAUACCGCCACCCAAGAGACCUCCAAAGGUUUCACAGAAGAUCUCUUCACGUGGUGGGUUCUCGGGGAACCGAGGAGGUCGAGGCGUCUUUCACAGCCAGAAUCGAUUCUUCACACCACUUGCUUCGAAAGGAAAUUACAGUCGUCGUGAAGGAGCUAGAGGGUCAAGUUGGAGUGCGCAGAGUUCUCCACGAGGCACAUACAAUGAAAGCAGAGGUGGACAAAGCAAUUUCAACAGAGGCCCACUGCCACCCCUGAGGCCAUUAAGUUCUGCAGGCUAUCGGCCAAGUCCUCGCGAUCGUGCAUCAAGAGGCCGUGGAGGAAUUGGCCCAUCUUGGGCAAGUGCGAAUAGCGGUAGUAGCAGUGGCUCAAGAGGAAAAUUCAUCAGCGGAGGCAGUGGAAGAGGGCGUCAUGUUCGUUCUUUUACUCGAUAAAUAGACCGUUUAGAACAUCCUGACUCGGUGAAAGUUUCAGGAUGUCAACAAAAUGCUUGAGCACUCAAGGACCAAUGCUAGUAGCUGGGGCAGCAAGAGAAGGUUUUGUUUUGUUGGAAAGAAUCACAUUUUGUUUGAUACAAGAUCUGAGAUUUCAAUAAAAUGUUUUUUUUGUGUGUA